AUGGCUGUCGACAUCGAUCAAAGGAUUAUCACGCGGCUCGUCACGCUUGGAGCUUUCUUCCUCGCCUACUACGCUUACUACUCAUAUCCCACCUUGCCCUCGAGGAAAAUCUCGUCAGGGAACGCUGUGUAUGAUCCCAGCGUCGUCGAUGUGCUGGUCGUGAAGGCAAUGUUGAAGAAGGCCCUGAGCCUACCACCUGAGAUCAUCGACUCCAUUGUCGACCUUGCCGAGUACUGGCCUCACACCACGAGCGAGGUAUCUUUUGAACCACCUAUGACCGCCUGCGGUGGCCUGGGCAGGAAAGAAAACAUGUUUUUGCUCCGUUCUCCUCCCCUCGGCCUGCAUACCUGGAGGCGUGUCUCUCACCGUACAAAUGACCCGAAACCCGUUGACAGAGCGCCGUUGAAGCCGCAACCCCCCGGUGAAGAGUUCUCUGCCGAUGACUUUCAGGCGCUGAUUGCAUCGCCCAUACCCCUGCUGGCCCACCCCUGUCGUCGCAUCGUCUUCACUUUCAAGAGCCAUGAUCAAGGAUGGGGAGGGCUCCCUAACGACCGCGGCACAUACUUCGGCUCCUGGACGUGGUUCGAAGCUGGCCUGGAGCGGUGGUGUAAAACUAACCCCGCCCAGACCGACUCGGCAACCCAACAGGCCCAGCAAGCCCCGCAACCAUCGCUAAAGCUGGAUGACCUCUGCACCGUGCUCCCGGAGGUAGAACAGGGCCCGAAUUCUCACGGCUACGCCUACAACCACACGUUGCAUCCGCGCGAAGAUCUGAAGAUCCAAUGCAAUUUGACGGCUGAGAAACAAUCGAAAGUACACCGCGUUGUCUGGAGUUACGUGGACGACAUCGACCCUGAGCGGGACGUUGAAGCCGCUGAAAGACUUGCAGAGCAGGGCCGGGGCAAAGCCACUGGGAACGCCAAGUUUGUCCGAGACCUUAAAUUGGGAGAUAUCGUGACCAUCUGGGCCAAGGCGAGGUUCGGAAACUGGAGAAAUGCGGUCGAGUGGGUCAAGAUGGAGGUAUUUUAUGCUGUUUGA